AUGCCACCGGUGACGGCAGUCGACAAUUCUUCCAAACUAAUUGCAUAUCUCAUCAUCGUCCCCAUUGCCAUCCUCUUCGCGGGGAUAGGGGUUGCCAUCAGCUGUUCGGAAAAGUGGAACAAAAGCGACAACAGACUCAAGAGGUUUUUGCAGCGGAGGAAGAGCGGUAAGAACCUCUCAGCGUCUACGACCAAGACCGAGGACACGACAAUAUCAGAAACGGGCUGUUGUGAGCCUGCGUCGAGUCCAGGUUCCUCCAACACGGUUGUUAUUACAGAUUCUCAGACAUUGGGGUCGGACGAGACUCUGACCCAAUUUCAUAUUAUGAAUGACCAAUCUGAUGCGGAGGCCACCCCAAGACCUCUCCAACUCGUCAAGAACACUGAUGUCGCCGACCGUACUCCUUAUAUCCCCCGAAGGAAGUCAUCGGCUGGUACAAGGUCUGGCAGCAUCUUUCAGGACGUUUCCAUGGUCAUGUCCCUUGACCCACCACGAAAGCUUUUACAUGCCUGGCCAAAACACCCUAACUCUGUCACGAACUCUUGUGCGCCUCGGGGGGGUCGGAGUUCUUCAAGAGCAAGUCAUGCAAAGCUAACCUCACGGGAUGGAAUGUACAAUGCUGGUUCUGCACAAUCCCACCAUGGUCUACCCUCUCAUGACAAAUCUUCGAUAUCAUCGUCUGAAUCCAGGAGUCGUCGGAGACUCUUCUCUCAGAUCAUCUCCAGUUUCACUCAGAACAACAACUCUACACAAGCCAUAUCCACUCUCGCCGAAUCCUUAGGGGUUGGGCAUGGACACGUGCCACGUCUUUCUGGGUCAACUGCUGGGGGCUCGUCUUCAAGGACAACCAGUACGGCGUCUACCGAGUCAACUGAGUCUACCGAGACGUCGUUGGUACGGAUCGACCAGUCGAGGCCACAUUCAGUGAACAGACCGAAAAGCCCCAGUUCACUCCCUACACCACCUUUGUGUCUACUUCGGCGGCAAGAGGAGGGGCAGCUCCUAGUUAUUGAUCAACGUCUGCCCUCAACUUCGAGUGUGCCUGAAGAAGCGCCACCUCCUGCUUUUGCCAUAGCCACUUUACAUUCCAUCUCAGACAUCACCAAGGCUGACAUGGAGAAAGCUGCUUCUGUCUGGGUUGCAAUAGAUGUGGAAUGCACCAUCCACUACGCCGAGGAUCCAACCUCGAGCGUCCGGUCCAAAGCUCUAGGGCCACCUCAUACAGACCCAGGAUUCCUAUCAAAACUGACCAUAGACCUGAUUCCCGCCAGCUGCUGCAACAUACUCCGUGUCAUCGGCUCCGAAACCCGCGAUUUCCUCCUUCCAGGCGAGACCUGGUCCGUUGUGGCCCAAAUCCUCGCGGACCCUCCCUUACGGCGCAAACGACACAGCAAGGCAUUCAGUCUGCAAAGCAGACCAAGUUCUCAUGCCUUGAUGGAUCAGUUGCACACCAUGCUCUCACCGUCCUCUGGCCCUUCACCUCAAGACCUUGUCCAUAUUAGCGUAACAUUCGAGCACGUCCUCUUACCUUCCAAUAUCCAAUGCUGCACAAGCGACAACUUAAACCUAGAACGAGUCGGCGCUUGGCGUCCAGCGUCCCGUCAUGGGCAGUAUCUCCGCCAUCGGACUCACCGCUCAUCAUCCCCUCGCAAGACACCGCCUGUGUCUCGUGACAGGGAACAAGACCCAACCCAAGACCAUCAGCGACGCGAUGAAGUAGCGAGCAAAUUACUCGACCUCCUGGAAAUGAACCUACACAAUCGCAGCGUCGGCCAGAGCAGCACCAGCACCAUAGGACAACGCGAAGCCGUUGAGGUGUUGGAGGAGUUCUUCGAUGAGUAUGAGGGCUCCAGAGGUUUGGACAAGAGGGCAAGAGAAUUGCUGAGGAGGCUGGAUGCGAAGGUCCGACCCGUGUCUCGUGCUCCCGUUUCGCCGAUCAGGAGGCGCCGGAAUGGGUUUGAGCUUUCACGCGAGAAUUUACACUUGGCGGAUAUCACGAACCAGUGGUCUGCUGGAUCUCGCUCGGGUGUCCGUGGUAGUGGUGGAGAGAGGAAUGGGACGUUAAGAGAUGCGAGUGUGUCGACGCCGGUACCGGCACCGUUGUUUUCGCCGAGGAAGCGAGCGGGUGCUAAGGAUGUACAACAGCAACGAGAGGGAAAUGGGAGUCCGUUGGAUAAGGGUAGCUCGGUUGAACGAGACAGUGGGGUGAAGAAGAGGGAUCCGGACGGGCGAGCGGAUAUUGGAAGUCCGCGCUUCUAUGAAGAUGAAGUCGAUGAGGCAAGUCGCAUCUGGAGGGGUAUGAGGGAUAGUAGUGCGGGCAGUGUUCGGUAUCCGCAGGCUGAUGAUAAGGAGUGUGGGGAGCGUGAGGAGGGUGAGGAGAAUGGUAAUAGGAGUGUGCUGGGUGCGCCUUGGCUGUGA